GGCAGCCGAAGUUUUUGGCUGCCCAUAGUGCGUCCCGGCUCACGCCAUCGAACAGGCGCGGUCACAGGGACGGUGCACGAUGGGCGGCGUCUUCAGCAGCAAAGCCAACACGGCUGCCCAACACUCGGGCAGCAAGCGCCCCCGCGACGACGCGCCCGCGCCGCAGAAGCUGCAAUCGUUGAGGGCCGAGAAGCGGGCCGAGCGCGGUGCUGUGCUGCUCACGCCCUGGGGCCAGGCGCUGACGAAGGCCGCGGACGCGCUGCGCCGGUGGCACCGCGACGACGACGGCGCCGACCCGUUCGCCCCGCCGCCAAAGGUGGCCCGCCCGACGAAGGAACGUGUUCUCAAGCUGCUGACGGGGGCGACGCGCGAACGCCUCGGCGCGCUGACCGUCUCGCAGCUCAAGGAGCUCUGCCGCUGCGUGGGCACCAGGAACUCGGUGCCGAAGGCCCAGCUGAUCGAGAACUUGCUCGACCCGGCCGCGCACCAGAAGCGGAUUGCUCCACCGAAGUACGGCGACGUCGACAACCACGCGCCGACGGAGAAACGCGACGGCGUGAUGUCGCCGGGCCGAUCGCUCCCCACGGGCUGGGAGUCGCGUGUCGAGUCGAAAACGGGCCGGGAGUUCUUCGUCGACCACAACGCGAAGCGCACGACGUGGAGCAACCCGUUGGAGGACCCUACGAAGGUGUCAAGGAAGGUCUAUAGAGCUCGAUAAGGUCCUGGCGCCCCUCGACGCGGUCGCCGCGGCCGCGAGUAAUUAGAUCAUGAUCGAAUUCAGAUUAAGAUAC